AUAUCGCUUUCAUUUAUCAGCGUUAAAUUCACGUCAGAAGGGAAUGUUCCAUACACCAUAAUAAUGGUGGGCCGAUGAAUGCCUGGCAAUGAAACUCCUUUACUUUUACUUUAUCUAUGGUGUCGUCAGGCAUAGCACAGACCUGCCUGUCUGUAUCCUGGGAAUAAGUCCCAUGCAUGGGGACAGAUUGUGCUGCAUUAUUCCAAAAUGCUGCCUGUGUGUGCCCGAGUUAGUAUUAUUAUUAUUAUUAACAUUUAUUUAUAAAGUGCCAGCAUAUUCCGCAGCGCUGAUAGAAGCCACUUUAUCCCUUUAGAACUAGACUUUGGCUUCCAAAGCAAAAUUGGAUAAAGAGCCCCACUCAAUACCGAAACCCCUAAUAUACCUAUUGCUGUAACCUGUUCCUUCAAAAAGUAUGGAUAAAUACCAUUUUUAUAUGCGGAAAUCCAGCUGCAAAACAGCUCUUCUCUUUUUGCAUAAUUUGAAAUCCUGGCACUGUGAUGCUCCUUUCUUUAUUGCCAUCCCCUGUAGGAUGCAGGCUGAAGACUGACUGUCUACUUUCUGUCUUAGUCGGCUUAGGAGGAAAAGAAAGCUUUCAGUGCCCCUUGAACUUUAAGCCUGUGGCUGUGUGUGAAGGUACGGUAACUUCUGAUCCUGACUUAGAAGUAUGGCUUAUCAAAGCCCCAGCAGGUUUUAAUCCUGAGAGCUUCACCAACCAUCGUUUCCCUCUUGCUGGCUGCAAGACCCAGAAAGUGAAAGUUGAUGGUGUCCGGAGACUGUACAACGUGACAGCUACUCCAUGCACAGAUACACCCUGCCGUGCCCUUUUGCCACAGGAUGAAGCAUCAGGGGACAGACUUGUGUGCGCUCCCCAAUUUCAAGGUGUCAUCACCAUAGCAGAUGCCCAUGGAGAGUCUUCAGUCUUACACCCCAUUCCAGACAGACUACCUCGAACUGUUCCCGAAGGGUUAAAACUAAGAUACUGCCCUUUUGGAUCAGUUAGCCCAAAAUAUAAGAGGAAGGGAGACUUAGCCAUUGUUCAUAAAAAGAAGAAGAAAAAACGAAAGCGGGAAGAGGCAAAUGUUAAUGUCUAGGACAUCAAUAUGGCAAACGUUUGGACUACAAAAUUUGCAUUACGCCUCUCAUCUGUAAUACUUGUUGUGGCCACAAGGUGACAUGGCAUUGUUAAAUCUGCUACACAAACACUCUUGUGUUUUUAGUAUCUUGGUCCACUCCCAAACUGUGAUAGGUAUAUUUGGUGCCAACUGCACAGUUUUUUUGGGUGUAUAAUUAAAAUUCAUAUAGUUGACAUUUA